UCUCAUAUGAUAUCAUCAGAGAGCUUAUUCUUGUACAGAUUGAGUUAGGAAAGGGAUCGUCUAGUGAAAGCAAAAUGUUGAAUUAUUGUAUCAGCAAGAGCCAACUCUCUCUAAACUGAACUGGCCACCACUUCAUGUCGCGUUUAUUUCUUUUUGAUAAUUUAUUGAAAUUUUUGUGUGUGAGAAGAAAAGAGUUGUGAAAACCAAUGAACGGAGCGAGUGGGAAAAGAAGGGAAGCCUGGCAGUUGUUUACACUGAGGUAGUUGUCUGGAACAGGAGUCACCAUGAACGGCCUCAGUAUCCGGGAUAUAUGUUGUCUUUUCUGCUGGCCACCCUGCCCGUCUAGCAUAGCUGCCAAGAUGGCCUUCAUACCCCCGGAGCCCACAUAUAACUUCACCCCAGAUGAGACUGGCUCAAGACACAGCCUUCACCUCACAGAAAAGGCAGAGUGGCAGUUUACAGACAAGGAAAAGGAGGCCAUUGAGGUCUUUUACACCCGUACCAAUAGGGGCAACAAGAUUGCUUGUAUGUUUGUGAGGUGUUCGCCAAAUGCUCGAUUUUGCAUUUUGUUUUCACAUGGCAAUGCUGCUGAUCUUGGACACAUGAGCAGUUUUUACCUAAGUCUAGGAACAAGAAUAAACUGUAAUAUCUUUAGCUACGAUUAUUCUGGCUACGGCGUGAGUGCCGGGAAGCCCUCGGAGAAGAACCUAUACUCAGAUAUUGAUGCCGCCUGGCACGCUCUGAGAACGAGGUAUGGCAUCUCCCCCGAAAACAUUAUUCUCUACGGGCAGAGUAUUGGCACAGCAGCGACGAUAGACCUAGCGUCGAGGUAUGAGGUGGGGGCCGUGAUUCUCCACUCUCCACUCAUGUCUGGAAUCAGAGUCUUGUUCAACACCAAAAGAACGUGGUUCUUUGAUGCCUUCCCAAGCAUCGAGAAGGUGCCUAAAAUAACAUCACCGGUACUUGUCAUUCACGGAACAGAAGACACUGUGGUAGAUUUCUCACAUGGCUUAGCCAUCCAUGAACGUUGUCCCCGAGCAGUGGAACCACUAUGGGUAGAGGGUGCUGGACAUAAUGAUGUAGAGCUGUACAGCCAGUACCUCGAGCGGCUGAAGCAGUUUGUGUCAGUGGAGCUGGUUAAUUGACGUCUUGGGGAAGCCCCCCCUCCUACAAGCCAAGGGGGGCUCAACCACCAUCCUCGUAGUACUGCUGCCUACAGUGGAUCAACGUCACGUGGAGCCAGUGAGGGUCUGCUGUUAAGAUGUUGGGACACUGACAUGGGCAUGAUUGCCACUGAAGGCAUGUUUGCUACUGAGGGUGUCAUGGCAUCUGAGGGAAGAUUAACAGCAGCUCUUGCUACACCAACACUUUCCACAGUCGACACUUCCUCUCGCUGUGCCACACCCACAAACAUCACCACCAUUGCCUCCAAGAGUCCAGCCAAGCCAUCUCCUAAACUGUCAAGAACCUCUGCUACACCCUCUCCAUCCCCUUCAGCCUCAUCAACUAAUCAACCUUCUUCCCAACAAGACCUCUCUUCCCUGCCUCAAGAUGCUUCUUCCAUUACUCUGUCUACAACUUUGCUUCAACAACACCGUCGUCACCACUCACGAUCUAGCUCAGCAACAGAAAAACUGCUGUGACCUUUGGAGUCAUUAGUCUAACCUUAUGUUGUGUACAGUGAGCAGAUUCAGGAAACAUGAUGGUGAAGUUCAACAUCUUGUGUAACUGUCUAUGAUAUAUGCCUCUUUUGUCAUAGCUCUAUGUUACAAAGUUCAGUUAUUAGCAAAGAUAAAAUGGACAACUACAUGUGUAUGGAGAAAUGGAUUUGUAUUAAGUGUUGAAAGUGAAUGGAUUAGAGAAUCAGAGCUUGGGGCCAUCACUGUGUAGCAGUGAGAGUUAAUUGGCCUCCUCAGUAAAACAGACAUAACUAUGGACCUUAUGUGCACGUCACAUCUCAGGUCUCAGGUCAGUGAGGUUCAGUAAAUUAUGACCUGUAUAUUUAAGGUCAGUUUAUUUAUUUUUUUAUGUAAUUCAUACAUUUGGUGUACUUCUGUUAAGAGAGCCAUCAUGAAUUUUGUAUUGUUAACCUUUAUGGAAAAAUGAUAAAGACUUACUCCAGGUCAUGAAAUGGUUAAAAACCAGAUGUUACAGUGUUGAAGGAAUACUAUCCUUAAAUGUCAGGUCUUAUUUUGAGUAAAAGUAAAUUGUGGUAAAUAAUAUUUUGGCAGCUGCAGUUGAAAGUAUCUGUAGUAUGCUGACAAGUUGCAUUCUGAAUAUGUGUUUUGUAUGUCCAUGUUUGAUACAUUCAGGUCAUUAGAGAUAGUACUUUUCAAAGGUGAGACUCAAAUUGUAACCUUUUUUUAUCAAGAGAACCUGUAGUAUUGUUGCCCCCUAGUGCAGACCUGUUACUGGGUAUCUGCAGGUGGUUUGCUGCUGUUACCAUUACAUUGAUCACCGUUAUGAAGGUAUGCAGGAUUUGCUGAAUUGCUAUCUGAUAUCAUUGCCAACUAAACACUUGCACUACUUUAUACAUACCAUUUUGUUGUGUUUCUAAAGAGGUGAUUAAUAGAUCAUUGAGAGUGGGGGUGCACUUUUUGGAACAUUUAGGAAUGCAUAAGCUUGGAGGAAAACAAUCUAUUACUUGGGAUGAUUUUAAUCUCGUGUUCAUAUUCAGCAGUGUAGCAUACAUUUUGAAACAUAUUUGUACUGAAAAAAGGAGAUGAAUCUGUAACUGGUGAGGUUCAGUCAGGAAUCAAUUGUUUUUCAACUAGUUAAAUACCAAGAAAUAUGGACAGUUGCAAUAGACAUGGUUACUGCUGAUGGUUGUCUUUACCUGUGUACCCAGUAGAAGUAUGAUCUAGUGUGUAGACUGCAGGUAUUUCUUACAAGAACUGUCUGCAUUGGAGCUGUGGUCCAGAAUGUAGAUGGUUGCCAAUUGUUUUGCUGGGGGAGUGCUUGGAGAUAUAUAUAGAUUAUGGAGUUAAUUAUACAUGACUUGGUAUUUAUAUACAUUUAUAGAAUUGUGAAAUUUUGCUAAAAUUUGUAUUGACAGUCUGAUGGAUGGAUGAUUCCAAAAGGCAGUCAGCAUUCAAAUGAGAAAUGUUUGUAUGGGAUGAAUGAGAAUAUAGGAACCUCCAGUCCUUGUUAUUGAUAUCCAAGAUAACUUAAAUCUGCAUCAACAUUUUGAUAUUCAAGUAACACUUUUGAAGUAGCGAUAAAGUACAAAAUGUGACCUCUGUUUUAGGCAGGUAAAAGAAGACUACUAGUGGCAAGUUUGGAUUUUAAUAGGGUUUGUCUUCCUAGCAUCAGUGAAUUCUUUACAACCACAAAGUAACAGCUGUUGGGUAGACUGGUUUAAGUCCCAAGUAGGGGUCCCUGUACUUUAUAUAUACAACAGUACCUUAAUUAUCCAGCUUCCAGUAACCUUGUACUCUUGGGUGACAAGUUCAAUAAUCAUGAUGAUCUCUAUUACAGGUCUUUGAUCACUUGUUUGCUGGUAAAAGUGUUUCCUGUUAAAUAAAGUUAUUGGUUGAAGGGAAACAUAUGCUGGAAGCUGCUGCAGGAAAAAUGUAUGGGCAUUUGUGACAACAAAACAUGAAAAGUUCUUUUUAAAUGGUAAAUCAUUUAAUAUUUCAUGGACACUAUGCAGUCAGAAUUACACUGUACAGUAGAUACGUUCCAAGUCUAGACGCACCAGCUUAAUUUUAAGGUUCAAAUUUUCUUGUCUUAAUUUGUUUCUUAAAUACAAGUAGUGCAAUUUAUUUUGUCAACCAGUUUUGAAAAAAGCUUUAAUCUUGGAAAAUAUCACAUGGACUGCUAGCUUAUCCUCAAAUUUCCUUAACUGUUCUACCCAUUGUGUUCUGAACUUGACUUUGAAUGUUCAUGGUUCGCAGUAGAUAUGCAUUGCAAUUUCACUUGUGCAAGCCUUUUCCAUCAUGGCACAUGGUGGCCUGAAUCAGAGACUGUCCCAUCAUUUGUUUUAUUAUCUAACAUUUUUUCGACCAUGGUGUUCCUAGUUUACUCGUUACUGUACAACCCAAUAUCACAUCCAUCCUCAUGAACUACUUGACACCUUGCUCUCUGAUUAUGCUAGCACUCUACUGCUUCUUUGAUGUCCAUUCACCACAAGUCCUCCCUCACCCCAUCCUUCCACCUCCUUCUUGGUUGUCCUCUCUCUCUCACUCUUUGCCCUUGGCUUGACUUUGGCAACAUUUUCUGCCCAUGAGCUUUAUUUUGCACAAAGCCAUGGCAUCCAGGUUUAUCUCAUUUAUCAUUACUUCAGUCAAUUUUUUUUUCAUCCUCAUAACAUAUAACACAUCAAUCUCUCUCUCUCUCUCUCUCUCUCUCUCAUACACAAAGCUACAGAGAAUGAGGUUACCAGCCUCAUACCUCCGUGGCCAGCUGUGCUAUGGGUGGAUGGUGGGGAUACUAUAUAUAUUUACAUCUUAUUUUUUCAUAAUUAUUAUUUCUAGUGGAAGGGAGUGAAGUCGCAUUGUUUUUGAUAUUGAUUAGACAAUACAAUAGAUUUUGUCAGUUGGUGAGACUUGGAUGUACCUUAUGCACAUCCUCAUAUUUUUGUGAGUGCAUUGAACAUUGAUGUUAUGGCUAAGUCAUUGUCUUUAAAAGGUCUCAUAAAAAUAAGAUGUUUCAUCAAUGUUUCAAAAGGUUCUAAUUGAAAUUAGAGGAUAUGCUGCAAGGAUUUAGCCUAGCAUUUUGCUCUUAAUUACUUGUGGAAGUCUUAAGUUCAGUUUCCUACUUCUUACAGUCCAAUUGAGGUCUUAAUAUUUCAAAGUGAUCUUUAUAAAGCACUAAUUUCUGAUAAUUGCAGAUAUUCAUAAUAUAAUCAAUUAAGUUUUAGGUAGGAAACUUGGUGUUUAUGUUAUAACACUUUAAAAGCAUUUUUGAAAAUACCGUUUCUUUGGUGACAUACAGUACAAAAUAGUGUUCUCCUCAGGAUGGCGGAGCAGGGCGGUGGGUGGAGGGAACCCAUAGAUCUGGGAAGUGAGAGGUUAAAAUAGAGGUGAAAUCAGUGGAUAGGUAAAAUGAAGCAACAUAGUACUGUACGGCUGGUUAUGGGGAGAAGCCUGCAAUCUUUAUAAUCGUUAUCUUAAGUAUGAGUGUAAUUGUAACAUAUUUGGGUGACUGUGUUGAAUUCUUUGAGUGUAUGGUGUAGCAUUCAUAGUAAGUGAACUUAAAUCAUCUGGGUAAAGCAAGGUAAUUUUGAAUGACAGGGAUUUAGCAUGCACUAUGUUAAUACAUGAUAAUUUAAUAUAGUAUUCUCUUAUUUAGAAGUAGAAACCAGAAAAUUGGAAUACUCUCUAUUGACAAUCCUCUGAAGUGGUUUCUGCACAUCUGUUUUAUAUGUAUUCAAUUCAAGAAUGCCAUUAUAUAUAUAUAUAUAUAUAUAUAUAUAUAUAUAUAUAUAUAUAUAUAUAUAUAUAUAUAUAUAUAUAUAUAUAUAUAUAUAUAUAUAUAUAUAUAUAUAUAUAUAUAUAUAUAUAUAUAUCUUUUUCCUUAAAUCUUGCAAUUUUUUAAUGAAAGAACUAAUGAGAAAACACUUUGUGUAAGAGUUUAUCCAUUUAAUUGUGUGUUUGCUGGCUAGAUGAUUACAUGGCUUCCAUAUAUUAACCAAAGAGUUUGUUGAGGAAAAGAAUUUCUGAUGAAAUGGAUAAUUCAGUGUGUGUGUUUGAUGUUCAUUUGAUGAACAGAUACUAAUGGAUUAUUAUAGAAUAUGUAUAAAAGUUAAGAGAUGUGAUCAUGAAUUAUCCAUGUCUAUUGAUGAUAAUUCAUUUUGUGAACAGACUCGCAUAGCAAAGUAAGAUAUUUGUCAAGAGAUGUUAGGUGAUAGGGUAAAACCAUUAUUUCUGUGAUAGAUCAGAAUAAAUCAUCAAUUUGCAUAUAUAUUGAAGAAAUUUUUUGAACAUUAUGUUACUUGCUUGACAGUGGUGCAAUAGAAUUUGGCUAUGCAUUUUCAAGAUAAUAUUCUGUGGUUCAUAAAAUUUCAGUGUGACCCAAAUACUGUAGCUAGUUUAUACUGGAUAUUUAUUCUAGGCAAUGUGAAAACUAAUUACCAUAUUAUACACCAGACAUAUUUUAUGUUAAUGCUAAAAGUGGGUUUUUAGCUUCCCAUGUUCAGUCGCAUAUAAUGUAGUAUGUUAAUGUAAGUGAAUUUUGAUUUAUUUGGGACUGAAAAUGAAUCAUUGCAAUUAAUUUAUAUAAAAGCAUAUUUUGGGGUCUGUGUUUGAUAUACAGUAUUUAUUUUAUUAAGCAUAUAGUUUUAGGAUCACAUUUAUGAGAUACAAUAUAACUACUUAAUGCAUGUAAGAUAAAUGAACAAGUGCAUAUUGUGUGUUAGUAGGUUUAACCUCUACUGAUAUAGUUGAAUGCAUCAAAAAAUUACUGUUAACAAGCAGUUUCAGAAUUCUUCCCCAGUAUUUCUCAUCACAGCUGUUAGUCUUUUUAAGGAUAAUCAACAAUCAAAUAAUAAUAUUUUAACAAUCACUUGUCAAAAAGAUUAAUCAUCCUUGUUAGAAAAAGUAGUAACAUUUUUAUAAUGUGUAGUUUUAAAAGACACCAGUCUUGGAGGGAUUAUUAAGCCAAAUUUUGAUAUGAUAGAGAAUUAUAAAUGUAAUUAACGGCGUAGAGUAAUCAGUGCACAUAGCUCGGCAUUUGUGAGAAGUGCGUCAAUUGCAUGAUCCUUGUUCAGUCUUGUAUAAAUUACUCUCAGAGGAUUUUUUAUGUUUAGUUCGUUCACAUUGUUUUAUUGAAAUAAAUUUGCUGGCACUCUUGUAUGCUCUACAGGAGGCCAACCAAAGAAGUGCAUCUGAUUCGGUGGAUAGUUCCAUGUUAGAUCAGUGUCUGCAAAUGUGCCUGCUUAUUGUCCAAGCUGAUCUUGUACACUACUUCAUACUUGAGACAUAGUAACUUAUGCAUAACAGAUAACCAAUCAUUGUUGUUUACAUAUCCCUUUAGUUUUGGUUUGCACUAAUCUUGGUAACAUCUUGCAUAAAUCACUCCUAGAUGAACUUGAGUCCAUGAACUGUCACUAAUCAAUCAGUUUGCUUGUGUAUAUACUGCCAUGGUCAGUCUCAAGCUGCUCAAGAAAGCAAAUUGAAGAGGCACUCUUAAACAUCAUUGGUUAGGUAUUGUGGAGACUAUCCAGCAGAUCACAAUUUCCCAAGCACCCAUAAGCUGUUCACUUUGAAGUGUUUUCUACUGAUUUUGCUCCAGCAAUAUUAAGUGAUAUUUCCAAUGAAAAUUCCUUGCUUUUGUGUAUUUUUCUUGAGCUGUUUGUGUGUAUUAUUGUUUUAUAUUUAUUUUUUCUGCUUGUUUUUGUGUCAUGACAAAUUAGUAAAUUUCAGUUUAGAUUCAACAAUUUCUUAUGGAAAUUUAUCCCCCUUUAGUGAGGGGAAGUCCAUUGUUCAGUUAGAAUUUUAUCAUUUAAAUUUAGGUAGCUAUCCCAUUUAACAGAGAAUGAUUAAGGUCAAAAGUCUUAUCCCUGAAGUGUGUAUUUUGUCUGUUAAUUUGUAAUGUGUGUUAUAAUAUUUUCUGAUUUGUAAAUGUUUGUUUAUAUUUGCAUUGAUUGUUGAGUUAGAGAAAAUGAUAUUGUAGUGUAGAUCCAGGACAUUCAAGCAACUUACCCUUAACCAUAGUUGCUUCUCUAUUUUCCAUGGGAUUAUAAAUGUAACUAGUCUGGUGGUUGUUUAUAAAGGGCAUUGCUGCCCCUCCAGUACAUUGUUCAAAAAAGAAUAUUGGUGUAGGAUUAAUUGACUUUCUUAAAGAAUCACAACAGCUUAUUCUUGUUUGAAUACAGUAGUAGAUCUUGAGUCUGAAGUUUUGGAGAGAACUACUUCCUCUUUCAUGCAGCAAAAAUUACAAAGGCCAAGUACUGUGCAGUAUAUUUCAUUUGAACAUUUCUCACUGGAUAUUUAUAAUGAGCAAAAUUUUUUCUCACUCUCCUUGUGGGAAGAAAAGAUUAUCCUAUUUUGUUGAUGAGGUAGCUAAAACCUUGUGUGGGUUUUGAUUGUAAAAUGUACUACUAUACAGAGCUCCUAUAAGCUAGAAAAGUCUGGAAAAUGCCUACUUCUUUCUGGGUCAGGAUUGUUUUUUUAUGUGAUUUUUUGAGAAUUUUAUCAAAGUUGGGAUUCCCUAAUGUUUGGCAAAAAAUUACAAUACUAAUGUACUGUAUAGCUUAGACGUAUAAGACUGAAAUUACCUCUGGUACUUUUUCAUUUAGUUUAAGAUGAAUAGUAAUCUGGAAAUAAUUAUUAUUGGGUCUUCAUGCAUGGUACAGUAUUCAUUUAAACAAGAAGCAUAAUACACAGACACGUGUCUGUACUUUGUUUUAGUAAAGUUGUCAUGUACAGCUUAUCCAAAAAGUAUUGAGACCCCAGGAUCUGAUGGAAUAGAAAACAAGCGAUAACCUCCUACGUGUUCAUGUAUGGGUUGUGUUGGAUUGGAUUGGUCUUUGACUGAUGCUUCAUAUUCUUCCAGAUGCCAGGGAUCUCUAUGCUUUUUGGUUUGACUGUACUGAACAUUUUUAUGUUUGGCUAAAAAGAACAACAGUUAAGUUCAUAAGUAAAUGUGAAAUUGUGGUAUACCACUUCUCAUUGUAAUCUAAUAUUUCAGCAAGCUGGUAGAAAAGUUGGCUAUUGGGCGGGAACAAAUACACAAAUUACUUUUUGAGUGUUAUUCAGUUUGUCAAGAAAAAACAGACUGGUCUGUAAAGGUUGGGAUUUUUCAGCACAAAGCCAGUGGGAACCCUAUAGAGUAUAGUACAGUAUUAGAUAAACAAAUUAUAAUUAUUAAAUUUGUGAACAGAGGAGGAGUUAUAUUGAAAGUUUUGAAUGUGAAAGAUCAUGGAAGAAAACAAUUUAGAAGAAAAAUGUUUAUUAUAUACCCCUGUACUGUACUGUAAUUUGAAACUGGAAUCUUCAGUUACUGUGGUAUUGUAUUUAGUAAAGAUUUAUAAGAAAUACAGUUUACAUAGACAGCAGAGUGCAGCUGGUUUUGGGUGAUUCUUAUAAAGGGGCAUUAAGAUUAUAAAACUGCAGAGGAGGAGGAAUGAACUGACAAUUGCAAUGGAAAUACAAUUGUAUAAGGGAACAAUUUUGAGUUGGUAUAGAAUUUUUUUUAGAAUUUCUGACAGUUGUUAAGGAGAGGGAAUGUUCUCAUCAGACUUCUAACAGUUUUUUCUCACUUUUUUUUAUAAUUUAAACUGUAUUUUAAUAGUUACUCCAUGGGAAAAUUAAAUACUGUAUGCAGAAAUUAGGUCUUGGGAAAUAUUAGAACACACAAGAUUUUGUGGUGAUGAAUAUUAUUUGGGCGAAGUUUGAAGGGUCACCAAGUCCCAGAGUAGUUUAAACAACCCUGACCUAAUUAAUAUUGUAAACUUUAACAGAGAUUUCAUUAAAUUGGUUUGAUAUAGC